UUUAUGUUCUCAAGUGGGUGUGUGCGGUGCUGUUAGUGGCGGGCACGUCCUGCACUGCGGCGGUGGUGACGGCGGUGUUGUCGUACUGGCUGGAGUCUGGAGCCCCGCGGAACAGGCUAUACAAGAGUGAGCACCACGCACGGCACCUCAGUGUAUGCACAGUGACCCGCCUAGUGAGCCUGUCCGUGUCUGUGGGUGUGCCGCUUACUGACUCGGUGGCAUCGACGCCCCGCCUCUCCCAAAGGAUUGUAACACAGCACGUCCUGCGCGGUGCCCCAAGAAGCUGUCCCGACCCUGGCAAAAACAACACUCACAGGGCCGUCUCGGUAGCAGAGGCAGCACUCACACACCAGCUAUCUUCUGUGCCGUCGCCGAGAGCAGGAUGAGGUGUCGAGACUGGACGCCGGCGAUGGAGGCGGUGGCGAUGGUGGUGACGGUGGUGGCUGCGCUGGUGGCGGCGGCGGCGGGACAGAGUUCACUGGAGAACGAGUUUGGCUGCCACUGUAUGGAGUACUGGACUUGUAUCACCAGUGGCGGGCAGCCGUACAGUUACUGCGGCCUGAGUGCCUCCUCCGUGUGCUGCUUCGUGCCCCUCAACGCGAGUCCCAUUGGUAUCCUCCCACUGAGGCGCCGCGACAAGUCCUGCGGCACCAAGGGGGCGGCGGGGCGCAGGGAGGGCCACGCUGAGAUGUCUGAGUGGCCCUGGCAUGCCGCCAUCUUGGAGCAGCCUCAGGACCUGUAUGUGUGUGGCGCCUCGCUGCUGCACGAGUCUUGGGUGCUCACUGCUGCCCAUUGCGUUGAUGACUACCUGGAGUCAGAGGGUCGCCUGGAGGAGGUGCUGAAGGUGCGCCUGGGGGAGUUUGACGUGAGCACCACAGCGGAACCACUCAAGCACGAGGAGUUCCCCGUCACUCGUGUCGUCAUCCACCCGCAGUUCGACAAUUCCACGCUAGUGAACGACAUAGCCCUUCUGCAGCUCCAGAGGGCGGCGCGGAGGAAGGCGAAUAUAGAUGCUGUGUGUAUGCCCAAGAAAGACGACUUCAAGGAGGGAUCCACUGCGAGGUGCUACGUGACCGGCUGGGGACGGCGGGACGAGGCGUCAGAUCACAGCGUCGUUCUGAAGGAGAUCAACGUGCCACUGUGGAGCAACCCGUCCUGCCAGAACGCUCUCCGGGAACAGUUCGGGCCGGCUUACUCCCUGCCCAGCACCGCCCUGUGUGCCGGGGCGGAGGGGCGCGACGCGUGUGACGGUGACGGAGGAGGGCCGCUGGUGUGCGAGAAGGACCACCACUGGUACCAAGUCGGUGUGGUGAGCUUCGGCAUCGGCUGCGGCAGGAGAAACGUGCCAGGAGUGUACACGCGCGUGCAGGCCUUCGAACAGUGGAUCAAGGCGACCGUGGGCGUACACCACCACCCUUAGAGAGUCGAGGUCACCGCCGCCCACGAUGACUUCACUGUCCAGGGUCAUUCGUCAGGUCGCCUUAGGUCAAUGCUGUUUUGUAGUUGACUUGAUCUGACGGUGGGUGACUGUGUGUGUUUGUCUGUCUGUCUGUCUUUCUCUGCGUGUGUGUGUGUGUGUGUGUGUGUGUGUGUUUGUAUGCUAUUUCUGUAAACUGAGAGGAGAUUGCAAAGACUGAAUAGUGAAAGGAAGGUAUGAAAAGCGAAGGUGUAAAAGAAACUUUACUGCCUUUAUGAUAUGAAGGGAAAAAAAAUCCAUUAUUCAGUGGAGGCAACAGGUAGAGAGCCUCUCACACUCGCCAGAAAGAGAGAGGGAGAGGGAGAGGAUGGAAGAAAGCACGAAGUAGGGGAACCUCUUUGAUAUUGCAUCAUCUUAGUCCUGGAAAAUGAGAGAGAAAAAUGUGUUUAUGCAAAGAACAUAUUAAGACUUGUUGGUAUUCUCGUCCACACACACACACACACACACACACACACACACACACACACACACACACACACACACACACACACACACACACACACACACACACACUCACUGCUUCUCGGAAUAUGGUGCUUGUUAUUGUUUUAUGGUGUUUUUGUUCGUCUUAUUUUCAUGCGUGUUUGUUUGUAUGACCCAUUUUGACCUCUUAAAGAGUUCUCUGACCCGGUGUUUGCAUUGUUGUGUGUGUGUGUGUGUGUGUGUGUGUGUGUUUGUUUGGGGGGGGAGUCGGGGGCUGGGUGAGUGUUUUAGUGCUCAUGUAAAACUGGAUUAUGUAACCUUUAUCUGUAUUUGCUGUUAACACACACACACACACACACACACACACACACACACACACACACACACACACACACACACACACACACACAGACACACACACAUACUACAAAGAGCUGAUGAUCAAUAAUAUAAUUGCAUCUCUCUCUCUCUCUCUCUCUCUCUCUCUCUCUCUCUCUCUCUCUCUCUCUCUCUCUCUCUCUCUCUCUCUCUCUCUCUCUGCUACCCACACUAUAUAUUGACUACACAUCAUUUACUAUCUUUUCCUUUUCCCUCCCCAUUCCCCUCCCUUUCUCCCUCCUUACCUCCCUACCCCUCCCUCCUUCCUCUCCUGCCUUGUAUCCCUUCCCUCCUUGCCUCCCUCCCUCCCUCCCUCUCGUCUUCCCACACACACACACACACACACACACACACACACACACACACACACACACACACACACACACACACACACACACACACGGUCAUGAUGAAAUUCAACGCCUUUGACGAGAUUCACCCAACCACUCAAAAGCCAUUCAUUAGAUUUAUAUAUAUAGCUUCUCUCUCUCAUAUUAUUAUUAUUAUUAUUAUUAUUAUUAUUAUUAUUAUUAUUAUUCAGCGGUUGGAUUUUGUUUUUCAUUAUUGUUGCUAGUUUUUUUUUUUUUUUGUUCUUUCUUCCUCCCUCCCUCCCUCGCUUUUUUUCCUCUUUAUUCACCUCUUCGUGUCUUUUUAGUAAGAGAGAGAGAGAGAGAGAGAGAGUGAGAAUGAAUGAAUGAACGAAAGAGGACUAAUUAACCAAGCGUGUCAAGAGAAUGAAAGAAUGAAUGAUCCCACUGAAAAAAGAAAAAAAAGAAAAAAAGAAAAAAAAAAGAAAUGCUAAAUAAAAAAAAAAAAAAAAAAAAAAAAACAGAAUAAA